AUGAGCAAAGAGGAAACUUCUGCUCGUACAAGACCUUUCAGUUUUGAUGAGAUAAUGCGUAGGAGGGAAAGCAAGAAAUCAUUGGGUGAUAAUAAUGAGGAGCCUGGAGGCGCGGGGAAUGUACCAGGAAACGACAUUGUCAAGAAGGUCUCUGAUCAUUCAGAAUCUGACAGAUGCAGACACAAUGAUUCUGUACCAAGUGGUACAAAGCAUGCUUCAGAGGAUUUUCUGAAAGUAAGUUCUAGGAAGGAAGAAGAUAACACUUGUAUCAAAGAGGGAAAAUUAGUUAGAGGUAAAGAUAAAGGAAGUCGUGACUCCAAAAGCAAAUCAAAGGCUACACCAAAAAAAAGUAUCAACGGUCAUGAAGGCAAGGGAGGUAAGCUUGGUGGAAGAAUUCACGGCAACAGGAAAAAUGAUGAAUUAUCAAGCGAGGAUGUUGAAAAUGAAUCUGAAAAAAGACAUUCUAUAUAUUUGGCAGACAAGGAGAGAUAUGCAGAUAAAAGGAGAGGAAAAUCUGUAAAAGAAAGAAAAUAUGAACAACAAAAUAAUGAUGAGAGAUAUGCAGAUAAAAGGAGAGGAAAAUUUGAAAAAGAAAGAAAAUAUGAACAACAAAAUAAUGAUGAUGAUAGACGCAUACAUGGUAAGAGGAAAAAUGAUAAGUGGUCAGGUGAAGAUUCUGACAAGGAAUCUGAGAAGAGACAUUCCAGAUAUUUGGGAGAUAAGGACAGAUACUCAGACAGAAAUAGAGGUAAAUCUGAAAAAGAAAGCAAAAGGAAACAUUACAAUGAAGAUGAACAUAGAACUGGAGAGAGAGAUGCUGGUAAAAAACAUAAUUCAGGGAACUGGCAUAAUUCAAAAUUUUCUGAGAGAAAGGAGAAGAAAGAAACAUCACAGGUUCAUCACGAAGAAUCGAGGCCAAAAAAUAUACGGUCAAGAAGCAGAGAGCGUGAUAAAGAUAGAGGUAGAAGGUCCAUUUCACUUUCACCUAGGGCCCACAAACGUACAUCUUAUGAUGUGCGAGAGCAUGGAGACCUGUCCUUGCAUCCUUCUAAAGAUAGGUUGGGAAUAUCACAUUCUGAUGUUGAUCGGAAGAGGAUCUCCAGUAAUGGUUCAAGUAGUCACUAUCAACGAUAUGGUGGUUCUGCAAGUAGGCUUGGCGGCUAUUCACCGAGGAAGAGAAAAACUGAGGCUGCUGUUAAGACUCCUUCCCCAACCAAACGUUCCCCAGAGAAGAGAACUGUUGGUUGGGAUUGCCAACCUACAGGAACAGAAAGGGAAGUUACUGGUUCCGUUCGUUCUAAUUUGAAGUCUUCAAUUGAAAUUGCACCAUCCAGCACACUUCAAUUGCCCGGUGUGGUUCCUGUCACUUCCAUUGCGAAGAAUCCUGUUGGCAUACUUUUAAAUGCUUCAUCUUCACAGAUGAAUGCCUCCAUAGAUUCCAUUCAGCUAACACAAGCAACGCGGCCUAUGAGGAGGCUUUAUGUAGAAAACUUGCCAGCUUCAGCCUCUGAGAAAGCUGUUAUGGAAUGCUUUAAUAAUUUUCUGCUAUAUUCAGGUGUCAGUCAACCCCAUCGAACCCAACCAUGUAUCAGUUGUAUUAUACACAAGGAAAGGGGUCAAGCUCUUGUGGAGUUUCUUACACCUGAGGAUGCUUCUGCUGCUCUUUCUUUUGAUGGAAGAUAUUUCUCUGGAUCCAUUCUUAAAGUCAGACGCCCCAAAGACUUCAUUGAAGUGACUGCUGAUGCCCUAAUCGACAUUUUGAGAUUAUCUGUGAGAUUGAAAACGAUGCUGCCCUCUAUGGCCAAUAUUAGGACACCAAAGCAUUAUAUGUUCAGUCUGGAUCUGUUUAGGAAGGCCUGUAAGCCUACCCAUGCUGUUAAGGGGCUGCAUUACCGGGGGUCUGAGGUGGACCACCAAAAAAAAGAGGAAGAAGAAAGUAAAGUGUCCAAGGACAGUAACAACUUUGAUGGUGCAAUCAGUUUUAUGAACAUCAAGGCAAGGAUAGGACCUCCUUUCUUUAAGCUCUUCAGCAUGAUUGUGAACCUCCAGUUUUGGGACAAGGUUAGGGAACAAAUUGGGUUGGUUGGGGCUGAGAGUGAAGUGGAAGAGGAUGUCUAUUUGAGUAUUUCAGUGACUAUUCCAGCAGUGGGUUUUAGCUCAUCGAAUGGAACGGAACCUGUAGCUGAGAUUAGAAUACCACAUGAGAACAACAUGUUUAUCAGUUUCAAAAUUCUAUUGCUUUCUAUAUUUCUGCUCUUUUACUGGCUUGAAUUUCUGAGGUAUAUUGUGGUUACCAUUCAUGUAGCAGGUUUUCAGACAGUUCCUAUUUUCAUGCAGAGUGGCGUUCCUGAGAAACACGAGAAAUCAGUGCCUCCGGUUGAUUUAGUGAGCAACAUUGUAAAGGAUUCGCCUCACAAGAUUUUCAUUGGUGGGAUUUCGAAUGUUAUUUCAUCAGAAAUGCUUAUGGAGAUUGCUAGUGCGUUUGGACGUUUGAAGGCGUAUUGCUUUGAAGUUAAUGCAGAUCAUAACAUACCAUGUGCUUUUCUUGAGUACGUUGACCAGUCAGUUACUCCAAAGGUGUGUGCGGGUCUUAAUGGUCUGAGGUUGGGAGGACAAGUGCUGACUGUAGUCCAAGCUACUCCGGAUGCUUCAUCAGUGGAAAAUAUUGGAAACCCACCUUUCCAUGGGAUCCCUGAGCAUGCAAAACCACUUCUCGAGAAGGCCACAAGAGUUCUCAAGCUCAAAAAUGUGUUGGAUCCCGAGAAGCUUGUCUCACUGUCAGAAACGGAACUGGAAGAAAUAGUGGAAGAUAUAAGGCUAGAGUGUGCCAGGUUUGGCUCUGUUAUGUCUGUUAAUCUUGUCAAGGGCAGCAACUAUUGUACCACCCCAGAAACGCUUGAGCCCUUUGACUAUUCUGGUCCUGCCAUGGACGGGCAAGACCUGGAGUGUGAUGACAAGAACAAGAAAAUAGAAAAUUUGGAAGGUUUCAAUUGUGACGUCGGCAAAGUUGGAAAUUCAGAGUCUUCAAUUAUUGCCAAAGAACCUGAAGAGGCGUAUGAAGCUAUGGAAGGUGACCAUGCAAGUGAUAAACCUGGUGCAUCAGGGGCUCCAAGUUCAAACAGAGCUAGAGAACCUGAAGAAGAUAAUAAAAAUGUUGAAGGUAAAAGCAAUUAUGAUGAUCAAAUUGCAGACAAUCUUCUAAAAGAUGAAGUGUGUGAACCAACUCCGGUUGAUAGGGAUGAGGAAGUUGAAGAACCAACCUGCCAGUACAAUUCCAGUGCCAUUUCUGGAGAAUUCCCCAACAAGACGAACACUUUGAUGGAUCAAGGGGGAUGCCAUGAUGACAAGGUUGCUACUAGUGAAAUUUGGGACAUUGAGACGCAUGUGAAAUUAUCAGUUAAAGAAGAGUUAAAAUUGGAGGAAGAUAACGAAAAGUUAGAGGAAGCAGCUUCUAAACUGGAUUCUAGUGUGCGAAUUGAAUUAGAUGCUCUUGAGAAAGUUGAAAAUAAGGAAUAUGUUUCUGAUUUAGGGGAUGUUUUUGAGCCUGGUUGUAUCCUAGUGGAGUAUAGAAGAGCAGAAGCUUCUUGCAUGGCAGCACAUUGUUUGCAUGGACAACUUUUUGAUGACCAGAUCGUGACAGUGGCGUAUGUUGAUCAUGAUCUUUACAGGGCAAGGUUUCCUAAAUGAAUUUGUUUCGAUGUUACAACUGGUGAUAUAAUUAUACUGGGUUCUGAUAUUGUAGACUUUUUACUGGAUGAAUAUCCCAGAUUUUGGAGAUUCUCAUAUUCGUUCCAGCACAAGUCUGGCAGCUAGAAGAGCUGGAACGCCGUUUGAAAGAAUCAUUAUUUCCAGGUUUCAAAGCUUGCUUCCAAUUUUGAGCAUCAUUGUGAGACGAAGUAUUUGACCGUUGCUCAUUUAGAAUUUACAGGAUCGUUAUAGUUAGGUGACAGCUUCAUAGAGAAAUCAAACAAAUCCCUUCGACUUGGUCUGUAUAGGGGGUUGACUCGAUGGUAUCAGAGAUCUGAGUUCUAUUUCAUUUCAUCAUGUUUUUAACAGAAUGAGGGUGAAUGCCUUUGUUGUAGCACUGAUAAGAAAAUCAAUUAUUGUACUUGUAAUUUCAUUAAAAAGGUAGGCUAUGUAGUAACUUUGUUGUUGCCUUGGCACCCUUAUUUUCGACCUGUUUUAGUCAGUUGUGCUGUUUUUGAAGGAACUGGAUUUUUUGUGUUGCUUG